UUGAGUUUACAAAAGUGAACUUUUUUUAUGAACUUUAUUCCAACAGCUUAUUUACACGUACAGUGUAUUGUGUCAUUAUGCAGUGUGUUAGUUCACUUCACUGAUUUGUAAAAAGAACCUACAUGUUUGAUUUUAGAAGCUGUUGUCGGUCCAAAUCUUUAGUUUUUGCGUGUUUUGUUGCGUGUGUGAGUGUGUUGUCAGUUAUGUCACAGUAUCACAUCAGAAGUCCGCUUCUGCGUUCCAUGUAUCACCGGAUGUUGGAUGAUGAAAGGCAUCGUGCAGACGAUCAUGUUUAUUGGUAUCACAUAGAUUCUUCCAGACUUCCCGCUGACAUGUGUGAGAAAUUUAUUCCACUCAAUCAAGAUGCAGAAACAUCCGAGUUCCUCAACGACUGUUAUGAGAAAGCCGAUUGGGUGUUCACGCAGAUACGGGAUGCAGUGCUCAAAUACAUGUUCAGCUGGUUUCUCACAAGUACGUCUAUAAAUGGGUGGUUGAGACGUGGGUCGAUGUUCAUCUUCUCCCGCGAACAGCUCCAGCUCCUCCUCAACGUCUCGGCACACUGGAGGGCAGAAAACAUGCUCGAUCUAGGUGCUGGUGAUGGCAUGGUAACAAGUAAAAUGGCGCAUUACUUCAACAAUGUUUUUGUGACAGAGAUUUCAUCAGUGAUGACAACCAGAUUGCAAGAAAAAGGCUACAUGUUGUUAGAUGUGGACUCCUGGAGUGAGAGUUCUCAUGUCUUUGAUCUGAUUGGGUGUUUAAAUUUGCUGGACAGAUGCAAUCAGCCAAUCGCGAUGCUGCAUUCCAUCAAGAAGUCACUACGUCCAGGAUCUGGAAGACUGAUUGUUGCAGUGGUGCUUCCGUUUAAACCGUAUGUAGAAGUUGGCAGUUCCGAUCACAAACCGGUGGAGAGGAUUCACCUCCAGGGGCUGACGUUUGAAGAGCAGGCUACGAGUCUGGUGAAACAUGUCUUCGAACCAGCAGGAUUCACGCUGGAAACGUUUACCAAGCUACCGUAUUUGUGCGAGGGAGAUCUCUUCAAAUCAUUCUUUGUCUUAACGGACGCUGUUUUUGUAUUGAGUGUGACAAAGACAUGAUAGAAGAUACGUACAUAACCUAUAAGAUAUUUAUUUCUGGUAUUUGACAUUUAAACAAAUGUGUAAGCAAACAGGUUUACAAAAUCUGUAACCAGUUGUGACGUUAACUGUAGAAGGUGACAAAUGAAAACAUUAAUAAUGAAUAAUCAAAAGUCAUUGAUAUGCAAUGGCCAGGAUAUAAGGAAUAACUAGUUACUGUCUCAAGAUAUCGGCUUAACCUGCGAAGGUUAGAAUGGCAAAUGCAGCAAGGCUCUGCCGAGCUGCAUUCAUCAUUCGACUUGAGCAGGAUAAAGCCGAUAUCUUGAGACAGUAACCAGUUAUUUCUUUUAUCCUGCAAUCCUACAGGAAUAUUCGGAAAAUCAUUAUUUAUUCUAGUUUUGUGUACCAAAUCGAGCAUUGUCAACCUAGCAAGGCUUUUGCCACGUGACGUCAUA